AGGUUGCCGUGGCAGUAUUUACGGCAGCAUCACGACUUCGUUUUGUUUUCCUUUUCAAUCUCAAAGGAGUCUCUCUUCUUUUUUUAAAUAUUGCCUGCUGGCUUACGUUUAGCUUUUUCUCUCUGCAGGCGGCGAUUGUUUCUGUUCUUCGCUCAAAACGAAUAGAAGGAGAGAGGGAUACCUUCACUUUGCACUAUCAUGGAGGGCUCGGUGUUUCGUCGCCCGUACGACCUCAGCGACGAGGCCACCACCUUCGGGUACUCGGAGGGUGAGGCCUUCACCGAAGCUCCUCCCGCCACGGCAAGUUCGGCCUCUGCGCGUCACAAUGCCGCUUCUGCCGCUGCUGCCCGCCCCCGGCAAACUGUCCACGCGGGGCCCCCGAAGCGGGAUUUGAUGCCAAUGAAACGAGUGGUGAAGAUGACGACGACACUGCAGUCCGAACAGGAUGCGAUGGAGGCCCAGGCGCAGUCGGAGGCCUCGGCAAAAGCGGAGCGUCUUCGCCAAGAGCGCAACGCGAAGUGGGAGGCGGUGAAGGCGAGCAUGAAGUCGAGGCCCACGCCACUCCGCACUGUCCGCGCCUACGACAGCGACUGGAGCGACAGUGCGGACGAGGCGGACGAGGCAGGGGUCGGCACCGACGCGCAGUCUAUCCGGUCUGCGAAGUCGACACGAUCCACGACCGCGACGGCGGCUGCGGCGAGAAGGGGAGCCGCGUUGGACGCGCUGGUGCCGACGCUGGCGGAGGAGCGGGCCGUGCGUGCCGGUCCUCUCUACGCCGUCGAGUCGGUGCCGCAGCGUGUGUGCCACUUUAUCUACAAUUGGUGGAUGUAUUUCGUGUACGCCGUUUCGGCGUCGAUGAUGCCGGGUCUGGAUUCGCGGAAGGCUGAGGAUCCGGGGGAGUACUAUAACCGCAAGAGGUAUUCGUAG